AUGUCUACUCAAACAAUCAAGGACAUCCUUGUUCGACCGGAGAAUCGACCAGCUUUUGUUCUCCUGAUGAAGUCGACAGUCGCAAUGAUCGUGUUUCCCGUUGCAGUCUACUACUUCUGCUUCCUCUUCCUGUUCAACAAAGGAGGAAUUAUCGACCUCAGCGAUGAUUUGAACAAUCGUGUGAACUACAGCGGGUUUGCUGCUGUAGCUGCCGUACAGGUCGUUAUCGCGUUCCAUGUCAUCCUUGCCUUCCGGCAAGAUGCGUAUGAGAUAGAACAAGAGAACAGGGCUCGAGGUAACACAGGUGCCCAGCAAGGGGAUAAGAAGUCAGACUGA